GCCCCUGCCUGGCUGGCAAGGCCGCCCCGGGCACGUGGAAACGCGCAGCACGCAGCGGCGGAGUCCCCGCGUGAGCGCCAGGCUCGCCCCGGGCGGCCGGUCCCCGUCGUCCAGCCGCGGCCCGGAAACGCCGGGGCGGCUCCGGGGGCGGGGCCUCAGGAUCGGGGUUUCCCGCCUCCGGGGCGGGGGAAAUUCCCGGGAGCGCGCCUGUGAUGACGCAGGGGCGCUCGCGAAGCCACCCCCUGUGAGAGCCAGCGGCCGCUGCUGCGGCCAUGGGCAAGAACAAAGCCAAAGGGUCAAAGCCGAAGAGCGUGUUCCACCUGGCCAACACCAAAUCCCUGAAGGCCAAGAAUAAAGCUAAACCUGUCACAACAAGUCUGAAGAAGAUAAACAUUGUGAACGAUGAAAAAGUUAGAACAGUAAAUAAAGCAUUUACUGAAGUACAGAAAGAAGUCAAACAACUAUCAAAAGGCAUUUCAUCAAAAUCUCAAAAGAGGCAGCGGGUUUCCAAGCACCUGGAAGGUGAACCAGCUGAUGUGGAUGCAGCUGCAAGCUUAUUAUCUCAGUUGUAACGCAUAAUAAAAUAUCCGAGUUUCAAAAGCAAAA